GUGUACAUUCUCAUGCAUGUGUACAUGUGCAGACAUGAAGAUCUGCAUGACUUUGUGCAGAUAUUAUCUUGGUGCUUCAGUGUGGGAACAGGGUUUGUGGUCAUGUCUGCUUGUAAAGUCAGAUCUCUGACCAGGUAUAAGUAGCAAGUAGUGUGCAAAAACACGUCCUGAAGCUGAACAAUACAAUACUACCUCUACCGUGCUCCAGUCUGGUGUUGAAGUCAUGGAGAGAGACAACAUCAUAACCUUUACUGUGCUGUGUGUCUUCUAUGCUUGGACUCCGGGUGUGGACACAAAGAUGGUCAGUCUCCCUCUGCAUGGUCUAAAAUCCAACAUCCCUUUAAACAUGGCUCCAGACUCUGUUGAUGACUCCUACAAGGGCUGUGAGAAGAAGAUGUUCAGGAAGGUGCGUGACUAUUACCUGCAAACAGAGAGACUAAAUAACAAAGAUUUCAACCAGGCUUGGACCGAUGCUGAGGCCCGUUACACACCGAACAAAGCACUGUCUAAAAACUAUUCCCUGGCAAUCCAGGUGUAUGUGACUGAAUACUCCCAAAUGUACAAGUCAUUCAACGAGGCCACUCGUACCCAAAAGAAGAACUACAGCACAACAUUCAAGUACCACUCCCUGCACUUCCUUCUGACCAAUGCCUUACGAAUCCUGAACACAAACAAUAAGCGUUUCCAAACCUUCCGAGGAACCAACCUGUCUUUCCACGGUGUCCGAAAUACUGAAAUGCGAUUCGGACAGUUCAUAUCAAGCUCUUUAGACAAGAAAAUCGCCGGUGAACGCUUUGGAACUCGCACCUGUUUUGAGAUCACUACCUACUUUGGUGCCCAACUGUGGGGGUACUCUCAGAUGGCUCAUGAGAGGGAGGUGCUGAUUCCCCCCUACGAGGUGUUCAAAAUCACCAAGGUGAUGCAAAAAAAAGACAAGAACGACCUCUGGUGUGACGUUGUCUACAAACUGGAGAGUACUAAGAAAGGAAAAAGUAACCUGAAAUGCCAGAUUGUUGGACCACUCCAAGGAGAGUAAAAUUAAAACAGCAACACAGCUGUUCUGCUUUCAGUCAAAUAUGAAAUGCAGAUUUUAUUUCAACCCCUGGCAUCCCCAUCCACUUUCAGAUUGUCAGAUCUGUCCUGUUAUAAAUGUUUCCCACAUUGUUUGCUUAGAUUGUUAACAUUUCUUCUGCCAGUGAAUUUGCAUUUGUUGUCAUGUGAACUGCAGCUUUUGCUAAAAACCUAUAAUGAAAAGCAUUCAACAAUA